AUGGAUCCUUCUGGACCACCCCCUUUUAUGACAAAUCGACGGAUAAGUCAUCUACCUGGUGCUAGAUCAGCGGUGUCACAAAUGAAUUGGAAGCAACGAAUAAUCUGGGCAAUCAAAACUCCGAUCCGAACUUUGAACUGCAUAUCAAAUGUGACGGUCUUCUUCAUCGCUUAUUUCGGUUUUAUGUUUCCAGUGAUGUGGGCGAAAACUGUUUGGCCGCGAUUAUACUGGUUUUGGGAAGGAAAACUGUAUCGCUGGCUUCAAGCCUUCAUUGGCUAUUGGGGAUACACGGCUGGAUAUGAUGUUUAUGAAUACGGCGAUGACUUGUCUCAAUGUAUUAACGAACGAGUUUUGCUGAUGUGCAAUCACCAAAGCACAGCCGAUGUUCCGACUUUGAUGGCAUGUUUGCAAAGUAAAGGUGUCGCCAGCAGAAAAACUAUCUGGUUGAUGGACCAAAUGUUUCGAUGGACGCCUUUUGGAAUCAUUGGGAAUAAUCACGGUGAUUACUUCAUUCAACAAGGAAAAUCAACUCGUGAUAAGGAAUUAGUGCGAUUAAAAGACCAUCUGAAGAACGUUUUCUGGGAUCGUGAUCGUCGCUGGGUGAUUGUCUUUCCAGAAGGUGGAUUUUAUUUCAAACGGAUCGAAAGCAGUCAAAAAUAUGGCCGAGAGAAUGGUUUCCCACAUACAGAAUACACAACCUUACCACGAAUGGGAGCCAUCAAAGCCAUCCUUGAAGAAGUUGGGCCUCGGGAUGAAGAGGAAGAAGAUUUUGAUAAAAGACCAAGAACCUCAAGCAAACUGAAAUUGAUCAAGGAUACUGUUGGAGCGAUUCGUGAGAAGAAAUAUGUAAAAGAUACUCGUCCUCCAAUCAAAUAUCUGCUUGAUGUGACAAUUGCAUAUCCUCAUGGAAUUCCUCUCACGUUGGCAACAAUGGCAAUGGGAACAAGAGAAAGAUGUGAUAUUGCCGUUCAUUACAGAGUUUACGACGCAGCAGAGGUUCCUUUUGAAGAUGAUGAAGCUCUACGUGAUUGGAUGUACGCCAGAUAUAAGGAAAAAGACGAUAUGUUAGGUAGAUACUAUGAGACAGGAGAGUUCUUCCGUGGUGAAACUGGCCAACGCGUGGUUUUUUCGUGGACUAAAAUCAUCAUUCAAUACAUCUUCUGGUUUGGUAGUUGCUACUUGCACUGGAAGCUCUACACUUGGCUUUUGAUGCUACCAUACUAUUUUCUUUUUCCCAGGCAG